AUGGAUCCUGUUAUGGUGGGCAAUGGGCAUGGGCAUGGCAGCAAGGUUUCCACACUGGAUCUGCUAAGACUUAACGGUACGAAUGACAUCGAGAAAGCAACUGAUAAUUUCCAUGCUUCAAGAAUACCUGGAGAGGGGGUUUUUGGCCUUGUUUACAGUGGUAUCCUUGAAGAUGGGAUGAAAGUGGCAUUCAAGGUUCUAAAAAGGGAGGACCCUCAUGGUGAUCAUGAAUUCUUAGCUGAAGUUGAGAUGCUUAGUCGUCUUCACCAUAGAAAUUUGGUCAAGUUAAUUGGGGUUGACAGGGAAAUCAGCCCCCUUGAUUGGGGUGCCCGGAUGAAAAUAGCUCUUGGAGCAGCUCCUGGUCUUGCUUAUCUGCAUGAAGAUUCAAGUCCUCGUGUUAUACAUAGGGACUUCAAGUCUAGCAACAUAUUGUUGGAUUGGCUUGAACGGAACAACCGAACAAGUGAUGAAUUUGAAUCCAUGACAAUAUCUGCACUUGGUCAAAAGUCAAAACCUAUUAUUCAGCAAGAUUUGGCAGAGUCUGGAUCAUAUAGAAGAAACUCUUAUUCAGUUCAUAAUCUUAACUUUGCAAAGAGGCAUUCACUCCUCGGCUAUGAGAGCCUUAUUAGGCUUCGGAAUAAAAGCAUGUUGUAG